GCAAUCUCGAAUCCAUGCUGCUGCGUGUUGGCGUUCGGACGCUUCGACGAGGGCUGGCCACCAUCAGUGCGUCUCGCCCGACGCCGCAUCAACAACCGACAGUACAAUGUGUGCAAGUCCUGACUCGGCUCCAGUCGAGCACGGCUGCCGCCGCUGCUGCAGUCCCACCGCAGCAGGUUGAGGCGCUGCUUCGCUCGCUCGUGGCUGAUCCGACCAGCUCGUCGACCGGCGCUGCUGCUGCUGCUGCUGCUGCUGCUGCUGCCUCCACGCUGCCCAUCCAUGAUCUGUCUCGGAUGCUGGCGUCUCAGACCAACCCCGUUGCGCUGGCCGAGUUUGAGCAUUACUUGCGAUCGCUCUCCGUCGACCAGCGCGUGCGAUUCCUGGCGACCAUGGUCUACAAGCCCGGUGAAGCCCAUCUCGCUGGAACGAGUGCCCAGGAUUCAAUUCAUGCUGUGGAACCCUCCAACGAAUUGGCGAGCAACAGCGGUCCUGCAUUGACUGGAAGGGCUGCAACCCGCCAAGAAGUACACUCGUCGGAUGCAUUCAAGUCGCCAUCAUCAACAUCAACAUCAUCAACUGCGCCGAAUGUUGACGCUUCCGUUGUGGUGAUGCCGGAACGUGGUGCAGAUGUCAGGCAGACGGAUUCGCAGCUCGUGAUGGCCAAGCAAGUCAUUGAACUUGUCAGUUUGUUCAAUCACGGCACUCGCAAACUAACUGGUUCCGUACUGGCGCUCAUGGCGUUCGCGUUGAUUGCUCCUCUGUUGGUGCUGAACAAACUACUGGAUGAUGCCAUGGAAAACAUCUCGACCGACCUCAUUCAAAUCGGUGGAAAGUUCAAUCCCGAUCCACAAGUGUUUGCCAACAACCUCCGUCAGUACUAUUACGACAUUCUGAGGCAGCAAUCUACGCAAACACAACAGUCACCCGCCAGCCAAGUGCUCGACCAACAAGUGCAAGCAUUGCAAGCGCAAGUCGCGCAAUUGGAGCAACGACUUGCAGCUGCGCAAUCGACGCCCCAGGCUGUUCAAGCAGCUGCUCCGCCGACGAUUCCUCCUGCUUUGCACCCUACCGCCGAUAGCACGUCAACCGCUGCGUUGGUAGAGCCCCUGCGGCAGCCCGUCAGUGUCCAGCAUCCUAUUCCGCUUGAGAAUGAUCAAACUUCCCGAUAAGGCGUGUUCAAGGACGAGGCUUGCUCAAGGACGAGGCUUGUUCAAGGACCGUGUAUUUUUUGCGUAUAACAAGAAAAUAGGACGAAAUCGCCACGUCGCCAAGUACAAACAACAACGGUGCCAUUAUUCCAGCUCGUUGUGUGGUACGUCCGGAUCGGCAUCUGCAUAAAUGUUCUCGGCCUUUUGACAAACAAACAGGAUCAAAAAGUCAAAAAGUCAAAAAGUGAGGAGGACACCUGUGCCCGUCGCCGAAACAUUCAAUCUACUCUCAGAUCUUUGUGGCACUUACCAUUUGCCACAGUUGCAACAUGUUGUCGUCGUCGACACUGCAACACACCCACGGUUCGUUGGGGUUCCAGCAAAAGUCGGAAAUUCGAGAUGUGUGUCCGCCAUGAAUAAACUAAAAGUACAAAGGACGGUUGCACCACCGUCGAACAAGUACAAGGAUGAGC